AUGGCUUUCUUCCUCCGGCGCCCCUUCGCGGUGCCUUCGGCACUUCGCCAGGUACCCAAGCUUUCGAACACCGCUCGCUUCAUCCACAACUCCCCGAUCAAGCCCACUCAGGCCGCAAAGCCUUCCGGGGCUUCGUCCGCCAUCUUCGCCAAGUCUCGCCAGACCUUCCAGAAUGCCUUCCGUCGCACCUACAUGCAGCAGUCUUUCAAUGCUAAUACGGGUAGCUUCACCCAGAAGCUGCUGUACGGCGGCGCCAUCGUCGGUGGUACCAUCCUGGCAACCAACCUAGUCUUCAACCGUGAGACCCGCGAGGACGGCGGAAUGCCCGCUUACGAGCGUAGCUUCCUGAACGAGACUUUCAUGCACACUGGACUUGGUAUUGGUAUCAUUGGCGUUGCUGCUCGCGCUCUUCACAUGAACGGAUGGUCGUACCGUCUCAUGGCCAUGAACCCGUGGCUUGUCCUCGGUGUCGGCCUGGUCGGCAGCAUUGGCGCGAUGUAUGGAACUUUCUACACCUCCCCGGAUAACUACGUCAUGAAGUACGGCUGCUGGACCUUGUUCAACCUUACCCAAGCUGCGCUCCUCUCCCCUCUGAUGUUCUACAACCCUGCUCUGCUCGCUCGCGCUGGAUUGUACACCGUUGGUCUGAUGGGCUCCAUUGCCUUCGUCGGUGCCACUGCCAAGCAGGAGAAGUACCUGUACCUCGGAGGUCCCCUCCUUGCUGGUGUUACCCUCGUUGCUCUCUCCGGUCUCGCCCCCAUGGUUCUGCCCGCCACCGCCGCUCGCACUUUGAUGUGGUCUGAGCGCAUCUGGCUGUACGGUGGUCUGGCUGUCUUCGGUGGCUUCACCCUGUACGAUGUUCAGAAGAUCCUACACCACGCCCGCCUGGCCGAGCGCGGCUACAUGAAGCGUGAUGUUGUCAGCGAGAGUGUCAGCCUUGAGCUGGACUUCAUCAACAUCUUUGUUCGCAUGGUCCAGAUUCUGGGCAUGCGCAGCAACAACCGGAAGUAA